AUGCUACUACGCAAGCAUAGGAGUGGCCAUCAUUCUCUCAAUCGGAUCGAAAACGGUGAAGUAUUAAAUGGAAACGUUGCGGAGAAACUGCAAGAGAAAUCAUGUCUUGCUGAUUCUAAAAGAGUUAAAGAAGAGACACAUGCCGGCACUCCAAAUGUUCUGGCUGACCUCACAGGGGAUAAUGACAGCCAGUUUUACAGUUUGGUAUAUGGACGCUGGCAGCUUGGUUAUGUCCAAAACGGUCCUAUGUCUCCACUAUGGACUCAGCUUCCGAAUAACAACGAUUCAUGGGAAGUGUUUCCACUAAACGCCAAUGGAGCUCAUAGCUUUCUUAUGAACCCUCAGAUGAUUCCAAAUGCUGAUUUCGGUCUCGAGGAAUUGCCUACGCAUCAAGGCACUGAGACAUACUUCCCCAAUAUGGUAUUUACGUACACAUCUCUUAUUGACACUAUGAAAAAAUGUGACGCCAAGCUUCUUAACAAUUCCUUUUUAAAUGCAGAACCAAUACAGGGAUAG